AUGCUGUCGUACGUGAUACUCUUUCUCUUUAUUGCGAUAGCUGUGAAACCGGCCGACACACAGCUGGAUUUGAAUAGCUUGGGCGGCGGCCUUCUCAGCAUACCUGGAAUACCCGGAAUAAAUAAUCAAAAGGGAGAUUUUUUCAAUCUAGGCGGCCUUUCCAAUCUCAUCUCUGGAAUAAAUAAUCAAAAGCAUAGAGUUGCUGUACAGCGGAGAGCUCGAAAAAAUAGAAGGCACUAG